GGUUGCUUUUUGCUAUACCGACCUUUAGUUUUAGCUCUAACCUCUAGACUCAUUUUCCCUUCCCUUUUCUCACUUUCUUUCCUUCUCUUUUCUUUCAUCAUCUGUCGGUAUUCUUUAAUGAUAUACCCUGUCCAGAAACAUCUCCACUCUUUGCAAACAUCCCUUCAACCAACAACACACAUACACCCACCCCCCAUAUCACUCACAUAAAAGUACUGUAUCAAGUAAUCCCAUGGAUCGCGAUAUAUCAUGACAGACCAACAACUUCGAGACACCCCCACUGCCACUGCCGCUUCUUCACCCUCUUUCCUCACUGACUCUCCUCCUGCUGCAGCCCCCGCUGCUCCAUCUUCCCCCGCUCCUCAGGCUGAGCUCAUCCCCGCAGAGGACCCUGAGGAUACUUCCGAUAUUGACCGCUAUGAAAUUGACUCAGCUCUUGGAUCCGAUGCUGCCAGUUUUAUGUACCCGGACUCGGUGACGGCGAGCAUUCUUGAGUACAGAACUAUUCAGGGAAGAACAUAUCACAGCGAUCGCUAUGCUAGUGAAUAUGUUAUGCCGAAUGACGAGCAGCAGCUUCAAUCGGUUGACAUCUCUCAUCACUACCUCACCAUGCUGCUAGAUAACAACCUCUUCUUGGCGCCCAUACCGCCUCAUGUUCAGAGAGUUCUCGAUGUCGGAACUGGUUCUGGAAUAUGGGCAAUAGACUUUGCAGAUGCAUAUCCAAGUGCGCAAGUAAUCGGCUCAGACCUCUCACCCACGCAGCCCGAAUGGGUCCCUCCAAACGUUCACUUUGAGAUCGCAGAUGCAACUCUCACUUGGCCUUGGAAAGACAACUACUUUGACUUCAUCCACAUCCGCUACCUGUUUGGAUCAGUCCAAGACUGGCCCGCCCUCUUUCAAGAAGCAUAUCGCUGCUGUGCACCCGGUGGCUGGGUCCAAUCAUGCGAGGCUGACAUACACUUCUACUCCGAUGACGGAACGACAGACAGCGAGCUUGCACUCCAGAAGUGGGCGGAUCUGUACGAGAAAGGCGGCGCAGAAACGGGGAGGACGUUUUUUCUUCAGCAGGAGGCGCUGCAGGAGAGAAGUAUCACAGAGGCUGGCUUCACGGAUGUCAGGAUAUUUGAUUACAAGGUACGACGAUGGAUUUGUUUGAGGUGAUACCUGCUAACGAUGUUUGGGCUGCAGCUACCCGUGGGAGGAUGGACCAAUAAUCGGAAGCUCUCUGAGCUGGGCGAGUACGUCAGGUUGACUUUGGAAAACGAUCUCGAGGGAUACACGCUGUAUCUUUGGCAUAACGUGCUGAACUGGCCGAGGGAGGAAUACCCGCAGUUUCUUGCGGCGAUGCGAAAAGUGAUCGGUAAUCGGAGGGUUCAUGGAUACAUGAUGGUGCGGUAUGUUUACGCGCGGAAGCCAUGAAACGACGAAGUAUCAACGAAUGAAUGCGAUGAGUGAUGAGAACACUGGGCGGACGGCGAGCACAUAGAGCGCGAAGGUCGUGGGUACAUGGGAACCACGGAGUGCGUGGGUUUGUUUAUCUCAGAGAUCAGAGGCGUAUUUCGGACAGGUCUAUUGGGGGAAUAUUUAAUCGGUAGGACAUUUGGGAAUAGACAUGCACUCAAGCAAGACUUGUGCGCAUCAACGCGACGUGACGGCAGCGUUGCACAGUGUUCCCUAGCCAUCGCGCAUAUGCUUCAGCUAUCACAGCAACACACGUAUACAUCACAGCUUCUUCCUCACCCCCAGGGCAAGCCCCAGCAAGCAACGAAAAAGAGAAGUAGAAAACACGCCUGUCAGACGUCCGUCAACACCCACCCCGACCGCGCGCCCGAAGGCAAGACCGCAAUCAGGGUCGAGAUCAUCAAAUACAACCAUCUCUAUACAGCCACCCGCAGUAAAGCAGGCGACCGCCAUCCUUGCGGACAGAUCGAGAGGACCAAAGGUAUUCACUCUAGGGUGUCGAGGAUAUGCACUCAUCAACCAGGGUGGGAUCUGUGGCUCUUUUAGGGAACCAAGAGAAGGUCGAAUACUAUAGAAAUGAUUCUCUGAAGUAUUGUCGACAU